CUGUUGAAGUGUAAAUGGAGACAUGACACAGUUGUUUGGGGAUUAUAAGAAACAAUAUAUAGUUWGAAAUCCACUGAAUUAAAAACUGCUKAAGUGAUAUUUAAAUUGAAGUCACUUGAACUCAGGCUCGGUGCAGUCGCUGGCCGCGAUGGAGGCGGUCCCCCGUAUGCCAAUGAUCUGGCUGGAUCUGAAAGAGGCAGGGGAGUUCGAGUUCAGCCCGUCGGUGAGGCAGUUCAUUCUGAAGAACUAUGGGGAGAAUCCAGACAGCUAUAAUGAACAGCUGAAGAAGCUGGAGACACUGAGACAGGGUGCGGUGAAUGUGACGCGGGACUUUGAGGGCUGCAGCAUUUUGAGGAAGUACUUUGGGCAGCUGCACUACCUCCAGAGCCGUGUGCCUCUGGGGCCUGGGCAGGAGGCAGCAGUACCCAUCUCAUGGACAGAAAUAUUUUCUGGAAAAACAGUCACUCAUGAUGACAUCAGCUAUGAGCAAGCCUGCAUCCUCUACAACCUGGGUGCUCUCCACUCCAUGUUGGGAGCCAUGGAUAACAGGGUGUCCGAAGAGGGGAUGAAGGUGUCAUGUACACACUUCCAGUGCUUCGCGGGGCCUUGGCUCCACCUGAGGGACCACUUCAGCCACAACUUCGCGUGGACAAUGAGUCACCAGAUCCUUAACCUCCAACAUUCAACCUCAAUGCUGGGUCAGGCUCAGGAGUGUCUCCUGGAGAAGUCCAUGCUGGACAACAGGAAGAGUUUCCUUGUAGCCCGCAUCAGUGCUCAGGUGGUGGACUACUAUAAGGAGGCGUGCAGGGCUCUGGAGAACUCUGACACGGCCUCCAUGCUGGGUAAGAUCCAGAAGGACUGGAAGAAACUGGUGCAAAUGAAGAUCUACUACUUUGCGUCCAUCGCCCAUCUGCAUAUGGGGAAGCAGGCUGARGAGCAACAGAAAUAUGGAGAGCGGCUGGCUUACCUGCAGAGCUCCUUAGACAAACUCAGUGAAGCCAUCAAGUUGGCCAAGGGYCAGCCGGACAGUGUGCAGGAGGCCUUGAAGUUCACCAUGGAUGUGAUAGGGGGAAACCCCCUGUCUCCCAACCAUACAUGCAACCUGCCAACCAACAGAUGCCCCCGCACCCUCAUCAGCAGAUGCUACCUUCCCAACAACAACAAAUGCAUCCCAACGCCCAGAAAAUGCACCCGCAUCCACAAAUGCACCCUGGCCCUCAUCAGCAGAUGCCCCCUAACAGCCAGCCGAUGCCCCCAGUUUCCCAGGCUUACCUGCCCCCCACCAGCCAGCCCAUGCCCCCUGGCCUGCACCAGCAGAUGCCCCCUGCUUCCCAGCCCCAUCAUGUCCACCUCCCUCAGGCUUACCUGCCCAGGGGCCCCCUCCCACCUCAGGGGCCCCAGAUGCCCCACCCUGGUCAACCCCCCCAACAUGUCUACCAGCCCCAGUUACCACAGGGCUACCAGCCACCUAUAAUGCCUCAUUCAGCCCCCCAACAGUCCCAGGCUCCCCAGCCUGUAGCCCCCAUGACCCCCACCAUGUACGCUACUCCUUCAGGUGUGAACGGCUCUCCCGGAGCCCCACCACAGCCCACCUCUAUGGGCCAACCUCGGCCUCCUCCCCAACACAUGAUUCCACCAACUGCUGGAGCUCCUCCAGUGGCCCUCCCACCUAACGUCAUCCUUCCCUCGCCCUCACCUUCCCCUUCUCCCUCCCCAGGCCCCUCUUCCCUAGGCCUGGCCCCCCAGAGGCCCUCCUCAGCCCCCACCCCUGGCGGUCCACCCUCUCUCCCUUCCUCCUCAUCCCCCUCCACCUCCCUCUUCCCGCGCCAGAACUCCAUCACAGACGACCUGCUCUCCUCCAGCCCAGAGAGCCAGCCCGGCGGCCCCAAGGCCCCCGCCAACGUCCUCCAACCCACCAAGGCUGACCCUCAAGACGGGGAGCGCCGCAAGAAGAGCUCCCAGGGCGUCCGGCUGAUCCAGGGUGACCCGUACCAAGCCCCCGAACGCGUAGCCCGCCUCUGCRGCGAACUCGAACGCUUCCGGUCGGCCGUGGAGUCUCUGGAGCGCCCGUCGGUGGACGAAGGUGGACUGUCGCCGCUGGAUGCCCGCUGGAAGGAGCUCCAGGAGGGGCAGGAGAGGGAUGCCAGGCAGCUGUCCAUCGCCAUCGCCCGCUGCUACACCAUGAAGAACCGUCACCAGGACGUGAUGCCCUACGACUGUAACCGCGUGCUGCUGCGCUCGGGCAAGGACGACUACAUCAACGGCAGCUUUGUGGAGGAGCUGUCGCCCUACUGCCCGCGCCUCAUCGCCACGCAGGCGCCGCUGUCGGGCACGGCYGCCGACUUCUGGCUCAUGGUGUGGGAGCAGAAGGUUUCGCUGGUGGUCAUGCUGGUCUCAGAGCAGGAGUUAGAUAAGGGAAAGGUUUUGCGCUAUUUCCCGACAGAACGCGGCCAGCAGCUUGCUCAGGGACCAAUCACAGUCACCCUGACUACGCAGAAGACCACGCCCACCCACGUGGAGCGAAUGAUUGGCCUGCAAUAUCGUGACCAGAGCCUCAAACGCACCGUCAUACACCUACAGUUCACCUCCUGGCCUGAGCUGGGUCUUCCUGAGAGCAAGAGCAAUCUAAUCUGCUUCAUCCAGGAGGUUCAUGGAUACUACCUGCACCAGAGGCCCUUACACACACCUAUUGUUGUGCACUGCAGCUCUGGCGUGGGGCGUACCGGCGCCCUCUGUCUGCUGUAUGCAGCGGUACAGGAGCUGGAGGCAGGGAACAGCAUCCCUGACCUACCUCUACUGGUCAAGAAGAUGAGGCAGCAGAGGAAGAACAUGUUGCAGGAGAAGCUGCACCUGAAGUUCUGUUAYGAGGCUGUGCUGAAACACGCUGAGCAGGUCCUCCAGAGACGUGGCUACCUCCCUACCGCCCCCUGCAGCAAGACACCCAGCACUGCUGCCACCAAGCCUUACUCUCGCCAGGAGUCCCAACAGGACAUAGUUCUGGGAGGUGACAUGACCAUCAGCUCCAUUCAGGCCACCAUCGCCAAACUCAGCAUCCGGCCUCCCAGUGCCACUGACCCAGCCAUGGACCCUGUCCUCGACAUUGGCGCCCCCUCUGGUCUGGAGAACCAACCCUUCAUCCCCCCCACCGACCUGCCCUUGGAUAGAGAGCUAGAGCYAGCCACCGCCCCCACCCGGGACCCCUCUCCCAGAGAGACCCAACCCUCCUCCCUCAGUCCCCCACUCUCCUCCCCAGAGAAGGUUCAGUCCCCACCACCCAAUGGUGUGGAUGCCACYGCCCCUUCCUCUCCCCCCACAGCCAAUAACCAUGCGGUCCCAGAGGUGACCCCUGAUCCAGCCCCUCCCUCUGGCCCAGCCCCAAACUCCCUGGAGCUGCUGGCCUCUCUGACUCCUGAGGCCUUCUCCAUGGAGGGUGGUGGGUGCAAGGGGAAGCACCGUGUCACUAAGCAGAGCUUCCUGCAGCCUGCCGAGGGCCAGGGCCUCCACCAGGGGCCCCGCGAGGAGGGGGGAGACGAYCCCYUGAGCUGCCUAGACCCCCUCUGGAGCCUCAACAAGAACUGAAACACAGGAGCCACGAUGCCCUCUUUCUUUCUCACUUCAUAGCCGUGUCAAACUGACCUGUAGCCUUUAGGACUAGUUCUUCUUGAUUCUCUGAUUCUUAGUUAAUGAACCAAAAUGACKAGAAUGGUGGAAACUCCAAGAAUCACAACUAGAAGUGCUUAGUGGUAGGGGCUAGGGGUUGGUUUGAACCUGGGCCUUUCUGUCGCUUUAGGGGCCCUUCAGGGGUCAUACAUUCCGCCUCCCAUCACUGGUGGCCUGGCUGUGCUUCUGGGACCAAAUCACGGUGCACUCGUCUUUUCUUUCCUUCUCUUUGUCUGUGUUUCUACCUGUACCAGAUGGGUCUGUUCUUCACUCCUUGCUUCAGAGCUGGCCACUCGGCACCACUACAAUCCCAGCACGCCCUCCUAGCAGCAGUGUCUAUGGUCCCCAUGGUCCCCUCGUACAGCUGGUCGCUCCAGGCACGGGGUUGGCUUGGGCUCUUCAUGUGGACUAAGAUGAUGACGGUAGUGACUGAUAUGGUUGCACUAAGGUGACGCAGACAGAGGCCAAAGGGUGGCGGAGGAGCUUGCAGACRAAGGUGUCGUUAUGGUAACCGCAUACAUGAAUCGGCACGUCUUAAGAUUUUUUUCUUGUCUUUCAUUAACACUGUAAAUAUAUCUUGAAUAAAUGUAGACUACCCUCAUGUUA